CAGUUGGCACCAGUUCCCAGGAGCGUGUCCACACGUAAAACUGCUUCCUUCUCACCCGGUCGGUUGCGGUAGCGAAGUUCAAAGUUUAUGCUUCUUGUAAUUUAAAGGAAAAAAUACUUCUUUGAUGACGAGGGUCCUACAACGCAACGCGUGUGUUCAUCGUUGACAGUCAAAAGUUCUUUGACGAGAGAAAGACUCACGAGGGCAUACAUGCAUAGUCUGCUGUGCGUUGGAAGAGAGUGACAUCGAACAACAAAAAUGGCCUUUGAACUGACGGAAUAUCCUCCACGGUCCUUCUGCGACAAGUACCAGAAGGUCUUGGCCCCUCACGGCGUUCUUCUGACGCCCAGGCAAGUUCUGAAGAACAAGAAGCUGGGGAACAACGUGGAGGAGACGCUGAAGAAAGCGUUCAAGAUUACCUUCAAGAAACUGAAGAAGAUGAGGUCUGCUUGCGCCAACUGCAACGCGGAUGAAGGCGCUGGCAUAGAGUGUCCGCAUUGCAAGGCUGUCAGGUACUGCAGCAGCGAAUGCUUUGAGCAGAGGGAGGCCCAGCACUCCAAGGUGUGUCGCCAGCUCGAGCUUGAGUUGAUUGAUCAGGUGGUUGAAUGCUUACCUUCCCCAUUAUUGAUGGGUCGUGACGUCAUGCGAGGUCGUGGGGGAGUCGUCUGCGACUGGGACGACUGGCUGACACGACACACCACCCUUCGAGACAGCGCUGCAGCUGCUGCAGCUGUGGUCAGCGAGUGGUGGGAUUUUACACCUGCGAGUCAUCCAGGCACGAGAGCACUGCAAGACUCUCUGGAACGCAUAGUAACCAAUGUGUUUAGCACGGUGCUCACUAUAGGCCACUGCGCGUUUUGGGUGCCAUCAUUAGCACCUGUCAUUAACAACGCCAAGGAGGUUCACAUUCACCUCCUGGGAGCUGACGAGCCAGAAGUGUCAGCAGUCCAGUCAGGAGUAAUACAGGUUGCCAGCAGAGUUUUGGGCCGGCCCUUAGUCGUCACCCUGGUCGCACCAGACCUCAAUCACCACCCACAAACGUUCUCUUGGACACCGAAAAAGCCUCACCAGGUAACUCCCAGCGUGAAAGCAAUAGCCUACCCCGGUCUGUAUCACGACUUCUGGCGGGAACACGUAUUAUCUGCAGACAAGAAAAGUAAUGUACAGCGACCACACAUAGCUCUUGCUAUACAUCCGGGCGUCCACACAGCCGAGAUGUUGGAGCUAUGGAAACCUACGCUGAUGCUGCUUGCUUACGAGCAAGUCCCGAUUGCAAUGACAACGUACAACCUCGCAGAAUUCGAGGAAACUGUGGAGAAAAUGGAGGAUUUGAAACUGAACAUGGUCCACAAAGAACUGAACCCUCUCCGCUCACUGCUGGCAAAGCAGACUCCAUACGAGCCAGAUCACGUGUGGGCGGCAAACAGCUACGCCAUAGGAAUUGACAAUACAAGGGAAUACUGAAUGUUAUAAGGAGAACUGUGUAAUUCUUUCGUAUUACGUCUCCCUCUCUUUAUUAUAUUCUUACUUAAAAACAUACCCAACCCAUAUUCGAAUAUAUGUGCGUUCUUUUCAUUCCAUUUUUCUAACCCAACUGAACCUUCUCCUUUCCCGUUUUCUUUAAAAAAAGGAUAUUUAGGUAAGCUAAAUCUUAAACGUUUAAUCCCCAUUUUUGUUACCUUAAAAAUGUAACAAAUGUGAACAGAAAAAGCGCCAAUUCUGUCACUACGAAUAAAGACUAAAAAAAUGUUAGCAAAG